UUCUUUAUCUUUUCACACUAUCUUUUGUAAAGAGCGCGAAUUCGAUAAAUGGCUCGCAGACAAAUUCAACUUGGGCGGCGGACUGUACUCGAGCGCAGCCGACACCCUGGCGUCGCUGAAGACGCAGGACAUGAUGCAGGUGGACCACCUGGUGAUUGGCGGCGGUGCUGUCGGGCUAGCGGUAGGCAGUCGGCUAUCGAGGCGGCCCGGCACAAGCACAUUGGUGGUUGAGAAGAACAAGCAGUUUGGCAUGGAAACCAGUUCGCGAAACAGCGAAGUAAUCCACGCAGGCAUCUACUACCCGAAGGACUCGCUGAAAACCAAAUUGUGCAUCCGCGGCAAAAGCCUGCUGUACGAGUACUGCGAUAAGCACCAGGUGCCGUACACGCGCGUGGGCAAGUGGGUGGUGGCCCAGGACGAGCCGCAGACGCAGUACCUGCACGCUCUGGCAAUGCACUGCGCGGACCUGGGAGUGCCGACGGAGCUCAUUGGCAGUGCUGAGCUGCGCAGCGAGCCGUCUGUGCGCGCGCAUGCCGCACUGGCCAGCCCUACCACGGGCAUCAUCGAUGCGCACGCGUAUAUGGGCAGGCUGCACGCCGACGUGCUUUCGAAUGGCAGCGACUUUGUGCCAUUGACUGAGGUCACAGCCAUUGCACGUGGCUUGGACCACUACCGCGUGCUGGUGCGCACCCACGAUCCGGACGCGCCGGUGAUGGGCGUGCAGGCAAAAGUACCGGCCUGUGGGCCGAUCCGGAUCGCAGGCAUGGCGGGCGGCGACGGGUGGCGGCAAAAGUACCGCCUGCAUUUCGCCAAGGGCCGGUACUACACGUACAGCGGGUCGCAGAUCAGGGUCAGUCGGCUCAUCUACCCGGUACCCGACAAGCACAUCACGUCGCUGGGCACGCACCUCACUGUGGACAUGGGCGGCGGCAUCCGGUUUGGCCCGGACCUCGAGUGGAUCGAGUCCAACACUGACUACGAUAUGCGUGGCGGCGCGUCGCUGGACCAGGUGAGGCAGGCGGUCGCCGAAUACCUGCCCGGCAUCCGCACCGAGGAUCUGAGCCUCGGAUACACCGGCAUCCGCCCGAAGCUGCAGCCGCCUGGAGGCAGGUUCCAUGACUUUGUGGUUAGCGAGGAGACGGGGGCAGGCAUGCCGGGGUUUGUCAAUCUGGUCGGCAUCGAGAGUCCUGGGCUGACGUCGUCGCUGGCCAUUGCCGAAAUGGUCGAGCGGCUUGUUUACUGA